AUGGCCACCAACACUCUCACGAUUCAUCAAGCGAGGUUUGAAGACUCUGGCGAAUACACAUGUAACGCUACAAACCCCAUUGGAAGCAAGAAAUCAACUUUUUGGAUUGAAGUGAUAAAAGUUCCACCCCGUGUUAGUGAUGAGUUUAGAAAUGUCACCAUUGCAUUCAACUCCACAUUUACGAAAGAAUGUUAUUUGAGAGGUGCUCUACAAGUAUCUGUCAACUGGACCAAGGAUGGAGUGCUACUUAGUAAAAACAACACGUUGGUUAUUAGAAAAGCGACGUUUAAAGAUAAAGGCAAUUAUAAAUGCACUGCUAAAAAUGAUUAUGGCAAAGCAAACUCUUCCUUCUGGAUCGAUGUCACAGUAUCUCCACAGAUUAUAGAGCCUCCGAUAAACCAGUCUGUUACCGAGGGAAACUCUGUGAACUUUAGUUGCCGAGCCUCAGGUGUGCCAACACCAACAUUAGUCUGGGUUUUUAAUAAUGCUGACCUGCCAUCUGGUAUCAAUCAAUUCAAUCACGAAGAAAAAUCAUUCCUGGAAUUUUUAAGCGUCACAAAAGGGAUGGAAGGGACUUACAAGUGUGAGGCGAAAAACAAAGCAAAUACAACUAUUUCCUCUGCAACACUGCGUGUAUACGGAAAAGCCGCUGCUCAAGUUGUUCCAGAUCCGUAUCCAGCACUCACAACAGGAGACAACCUCACAUUGACCUGCAACGUCAACGAAGAAACAAUAAAUGUAACGUGGAAAAAAAAUGGAGACUCACCAUCCGAAAGGGCAAAGAUUGAUACACGAUUCGAUGACAAAACGAGUACAUUUGCUAUAACUGAAGUUGUGAAGGAGGAAAGUGGUGUGUAUUCUUGUGAGGCACGUAACAAGCUCGGUUUUGUUGCCCGUUCCUUUGUAAAAAUAGACGUCAAAGCAAAGCAAGUGCAAAGUUUCAACACUUUGUGGUAUUACAUUGGUGGAUCAGUGGCAGCAGCGAUUGUCAUUUCGCUAAUUGCCUGGUAUUUCUGCAAGCGUCGAAGGACAGCAAACAUGCCAACAGAUGCAGGUCACAGCUCGGAAAAUUCUGAAUACACAGCAAACAGCUUCCCUGCCGAUGAGAACACACCGCUAGUGGGCGAGGCCAAUUCAAAAAGUCGCCAACACAGACUCUGUUUAAGUAAAGAUAGGUUUGUCAUCAUUGAGCUUCCACCGGUAGUUAAUUUUAUUGGACUUCAGCUUUAG